CUUAUUUCUGUUCCUGAGAGGUAGUUCCCCCCCAGUUCUCACUCCCCAGUCCUCACCCCCAAAAGUUGCUUCCUUCCCUGGAACAUCCGUCUGCACCACGAGGGGACAACAGACCACGUUCCUACCCCCAGGUUCCCCCGCCUUUCCCCGCCAUUUUAUCCCACGGGCGUGGGGGUUGAUAUCAUCUGGUAAUCCUCAUCGUGCGGUUGGUUCCACGCAUAUACUACAUAUAUAUAUAUAUAUAUAUAUAUAUAUACGCGUAUAUAUCGGUCUUCACCCUAUAGCGUGUAGACACUUUGUCGAGGCCCGUUGUGUUGCUUUGGCCGUUUUGAGUGUUCCGCUGAACUCUAUACUUCCUACGUCAUAUCACGAUAAGCCAUGCAGACGAAGCACUUCUUCUCCGAUCCGAACCAUCUGGUUCUGACGGCCCUGAACGCUCUCACCAUCACCAACCCGUCUUUAGCCUAUGACCGCGAACACAAGGUCAUCUUUCGUCGGCCAGAUGCAUCUGCAACACCCAAGGUCUCCAUCAUCUCUGGGGGUGGUUCCGGCCACGAACCCGCCUUUGCCGGGUUUGUAGGUAAGGGUAUGCUGACGGCCUCUGCGGCCGGGAGCAUCUUCGCCUCCCCGUCGGCGGAGCAGGUGCGCACAGCGGCCAUGCACCGGGUGGAGACUAAGAAGGGUGUUUUCAUCAUCACCAUGAAUUACACUGGUGAUGUGCUUCACUUUGGGAUGGCUGCCGAGAAGGCCAGGGCCGCCGGUAUCAAGACAGAGUUCUAUGCCAUUGGCGACGAUGUUGGCGUGGGGAGGAAGAAGAGCGGAAAAGUUGGUCGUCGUGGUCUCGCCGGCGGUAUCCUAAUUUUAAAGAUUGUCGGUGCACUAGCAGAGAAAGGCGGCUCCUUGGAGGAAGUCUAUCGCCUCGCAAAGUUGACCAACGAGAAUCUUGUCACAUUGGGAUCUUCGCUUGAGCAUGUGCAUGUGCCUGGCCGUGACCUCCCUGAAGAAACUGUUCCCGCCGACCAAGUUGAGGUUGGCAUGGGUAUCCACAACGAGGCUGGAUCCCACCGCAUCAAAGCGACUCUCGUAGAGCUGGUUCAAACCAUGCUCUUGCAGUUGCUGGAUCCCAAUGACGCAGACCGAGCCUACAUCGCCACAAAGCCGGAAGACCAGUUCGUCCUGUUGAUUAACAAUCUGGGGAGUGUCAGUGUCCUGGAAUUGGCGGGCAUCACCGAUGAGGUGGUUCGUCAACUGGGUCGGGACUACAAGAUCAAGCCUGUCCGAGUUAUCCAGGGAACUUUCCUGACGAGCUUGAACGGUCUGGGCUUCAGCGUCUCCUUGCUGAAGCUUGUCGACACCGGCCUGGGCGCUGGAAAGUCGAUGCUGGAACUCAUCGACGCCCCCGCCGAGGCUGUGGGUUGGGCCGCUCCAAUCCAGACUGCCACAUGGGAAAACCGCUCGGAUGCUCCAGUGGACACUUUGACGGUGAAGUCUGACGAGGAGAAGCCGUCCAACCUGAAGGUGGACCCCGCUGUGCUCAAGAAGGUCCUGUCCGCCGGCCUGAAGCGCCUGAUCGCCGCCGAACCUCUCAUCACCCGCUACGAUACCGUUGUUGGUGAUGGCGAUUGCGGUGCUGGGCUCAAGCGGGGUGCGGAAGCCAUUCUCGCUCUGCUGGAAGGAACCACACUGACUGACGACGCGGUGCGGACCGUGAACGAGAUCGUCAACGUGGUGGAGCAUUCCAUGGACGGCACCUCGGGUGCCAUCUACGCUAUCUUCCUGAAUGCUCUUGCUCACGGCCUCCGCACCCAGGACCAGGGCUCCGCCACCCCCGUCACGGUCGAAACGUGGGCGGCGGCGCUCACCUCCUCCAUUGCAGCGCUGGGAAAAUAUACCCCCGCGCAAGUGGGCGACCGGACCCUCGUCGACGCCCUGGUCCCCUUCUGCACUACCCUUGCCGAAUCCAAGGACGUCAAGGCCGCCGCCAGGGCCGCCGAGAAGGGCACCGAAUCAACCAAACACCUCAGGGCUAGCUUGGGCCGCUCCGUCUAUGUCGGCAGUGAGGAGGAGUGGCUGGGUAAAGUUCCCGACCCGGGCGCGUACGGUCUCAGCGAGUUCUUGACCGGUCUGGCUGAAGCUGUCUGA